CAGAUACAGCAAACCCCUACCGCCCACCAUGAAAGCUGGAAUGCCCACUAGUGGGUGGUAGCAACCAGGUUGAUUACCACUGGUCUAUAUUCUUGCACUUGCUGUUUCAAUUCUCUCAUUGGUUGAUAUGUAAAUAUGGGCUAUUUUGGCUCAGUUCUCAUUAGGAUGCCAUGGAGAGGGGAAAGCACCAGCAAGUGAGUGAAUGAGGUGGUUUCUCAUCUCCUGAUCCAUUUUCUAACCCCCCAUGGAGUAAGAUGAACUGUUUGCGCUCAUGUCUCUAGUUAACAAUGUGGGCCCUAUGAUCUGACAAUCUUAUCUGAGAGAAUAAGCAAGGUGGUACCUUUUCUUGCUUUCUUACAUCUUACAAAAUUGUGACAGAAGCAAAAGGAACCCUAGCAGCUGCCUAUCUGGGAAGUCUACCCUUAAAACCUUCUUCCUGUACAUUAAGUUAUGUUGAAAAAGUAAAAGAACAAAGAAGAGUUAGUUUUCCUGUUAGAUCACUUCUCAUGUCAGAUUUUUCUUCUUCAUCAGAGUCAGCAUAGCAGACAAUCUGAGGAACGAAAUCGAACAAAUCUUAUCAAAUCAAGUACCCUCUAUUUGUGGUUUUAGGUAUCUUGUUUUCAGUUUAAGGGUCUACUGAAUAGAACGCUCACAUUUAUCAUCCAGUUAAUAAACCUAAUAAAACAAGUGGAAGUAAUCUACAAAGUCCAUGCCAAGCCACAUUGGUAUUAAAAGAAACCUACAAUCAGUCUGUUGUUUUUGUAGUGGCAGACUAAUACAGCUACCCUUCUGGAAAGUUUUAAACAUAAGCCAAGGUCCUGCGGGUCACCAGUCUUAGAAGCAGGCGGUGGACUGUGACAGCCAAUGUUAAUUCUGCAAACUUUUCUGCCAGACUCGCAGGCCAAAGCUUGGCGUUUGAAGGUGCCACGGAAGUCCUGGAAGCGCCCGUUGCCCGAUUUGAACAGGUUACUUGCCCAUAGCUGGCUCUUUUCCGCUCCUUCCCUAAUCCGCCCGAAAGGCUCUUAAGGAAAUAAAGACAGCUGCGUUCUUCGUCCGACGAGGAAGUGUUGCUCAGCUGAGCCUCCGCGCUGAGGAAAUAGCUGGGGCUGCGAGGGAGAAAAUGAGGAAGCGAGCGCUCCACUCACCCUGAACCGACCCGGGGCUUCGGCAGAAGCGCCCAGCAGGCGUGGGCAGAAAAGAGCAGAGGCGUCGGGGGAGAAGCACGCCCAUUUGGGAACUGGAGCUGAGGUGGGAAGUGGGGGGCGAAGCCUCGCCGCCGAGAUCCUGAAGGUGCGAACCGACGAGGAUUUCACUUGCGAGCGCGUCUCUCCGCAAAUUCCCUCCCGUCGCUGCAGAGGCAGGGACUGGUGAGGAGAGGCCCCUGCCGGAGUUUCUCGCCACCGGUCGGUUUCUCAAGUAAGAGGCGUUCCUUCCUUCCCGAAUUUCCAGACACGGAGGCGGAGGUGUAAUAUAGCCUCAAAAGCAGACAAGCAAAGAGAAGUAGUGGGAGAAAAAUGGCAAGUUAUGAUGCUGUUAGCCACCUAUCCUAUUUUUUUGGCAACAUCACACGUGAAGAAGCUGAAGAUUAUCUGUUGCAAGGAGGACUAAACAAUGGACUGUACUUACUGCGACAGAGCCGAAACUAUCUGGGUGGUUUUGCUUUGUCUCUGGCAAACAAUGGAAAGGUUUAUCAUUAUACUAUUGAGAGGGAAAUUAAUGGCACUUAUGCUAUUACUGGAGGGAAAUCCCACCGGAGUCCUGUGGAACUCAUUGACUACCACUCAGAUGAAAUCGAUGGUCUCGUGUGUUUACUCAGGAAACCAUGUAAUCGGCCACCAGGAGUGGGACCAAAAACAAGCCAAUUUGAGGACCUGAAGGAAAAUCUAAUCAAAGAAUACGUUAAACAAACCUGGAAUUUAUAUGGACAUGCCCUUGAGCAAGCAAUUAUUAGUCAGAAACCACAACUGGAGAAACUGAUUGCUACAACUGCACACUUGAAAAUGCCCUGGUUCCAUGGGAUGAUAUCUCGGGGGGAUUCAGAGCAACGCCUACUUCUGGGUACAAAGACCAAUGGGAAAUUUUUGAUUAGGGAAAGAGAUAACAGUGGAUCCUAUGCACUUUGUUUACUCAAUGAAGGCAAGGUAGCACAUUAUCGCAUAGAUAAAGACAAGAAAGGAAAACUUUCAAUACCAGAUGGAAAGAAAUUUGAUACUUUAUGUCAGCUAGUGGAACAUUAUUCCUAUAAAGCAGAUGGACUUCUAAGAAUAAUCACAGAGCCCGUUAAAGAUCCAGAUUUUCAAUCAAGAAAUAAUUCCUUACCCCCAAAAGUUUCUAAGCCUCGCAACUCCACGACUUGGUCAACAGGUGGAAUUAUCACCAGAAUCAAAUCAUACACUUUCCCAAAGCCAGGAAGCCAAAAGCCCUCUUUCUCUGUUCGUGGCCAGAGAGAUGAUACUGCACUACUUGCAAUGUUUAACAAUUAUGUGCCCUCGUGGGCAAGACGAGGUGAACACAGGGAACCUUUGCCUAUGGAUACAGAAGUUUAUGAAAGUCCAUAUGCAGAUCCAGAAGAAGUAAAAGCUAAAAAUGUCACCCUUGACCGAAAUUUACUGACUUUGGAAGAAAAAGAACUCGGUUCUGGUAAUUUUGGUACAGUAAAAAAAGGCACUUAUGAAAUGAAAAAAGGAAAGAAAAUUGUGGCUGUGAAAAUUCUCAAAAAUGAAAGUAAUGAUCCAGCAAUAAAAGAUGAACUCCUAAGAGAAGCAAAUGUAAUGCAACAACUUGAUAACCCAUAUAUUGUCCGAAUGAUUGGCAUAUGUGAAGCUGAAUCUUGGAUGUUGGUAAUGGAAAUGGCUGAGCUUGGCCCUUUGAAUAAAUAUCUGCUAAAACACGGAGAUAUCACAGAAAAGAACCUAAUAGAGUUGGUGCAUCAAGUUUCCAUGGGAAUGAAAUAUUUGGAAGAAAAUAAUUUUGUACAUAGAGAUUUAGCUGCAAGGAAUGUGCUUCUGGUUACACAACAUUAUGCCAAAAUCAGUGACUUUGGACUUUCAAAAGCUCUUGGCUCUAAUGAUUAUUACAAGGCAGAACAUCAUGGCAAAUGGCCAGUUAAAUGGUAUGCUCCAGAAUGCAUGAACUUCUUCAAAUUUUCUAGCAAGAGUGAUGUUUGGAGUUUUGGUGUGUUAAUGUGGGAGACAUUUUCCUAUGGGCAAAAGCCAUAUAAGGGUAUGAAAGGAAUUGACGUUGCUCAGAUGAUUGAAAGAGGAGAACGAUUAGAAUGUCCAGUCGGUUGCUCAUCUGAUAUCUAUGAACUAAUGAAAUUGUGUUGGACAUAUAAAGUUGAUGAUCGGCCAUCAUUUUUUACUGUUGAAUUAAAGCUACGCAACUACUACUAUGACAUUGCUCAAUAAGUAUGCUGUGGUAUUGCAAUGAAGACAUCCCAAGAGGCGGAUACAAAAGUUGACUUUUCAAAUAAGUUGUCCUCCAGAAAAUACUCAAAAUGCUCUCUAGAAGAAUCAUUGUGAAAAGACCAUUGCUGUAGAAUUACCUUGCUACUUUAAAAAACGUGCUAGUAUCUACAGUAAUAUUUUUAAACUGAGCUUAUUUGAUGUUCAAGGAUCUGGCAUUAGUUAUACUUGCUUAGUCUAUUUUAAGUCAGUUUGGUUAGGUUGCGUUCUGUCUUGCUGUUCAAAUGAAACAUCUUUUGUGAUAUCAAAAGAACAUUUGUAUUUCCAUCAUUAUUGCUAUCAAGAGAAUCGGAUCAUUUCACUUUUGAAAAUUCAAAGCAGAGAUUGGUUUUAAACUAGAAAUGAGCCAAUAAAGUUAGAAAUAACAGAUCAUAGAUUUAAAACAUAUGGCAUAUAUGUGCAAAACAAAACCUAUAUCCCUACUUCUUUCUUGGUAGUUAUUAUUUGGAAAAAUUUAAACAUCUAUAAACAAAAUUGGCAAAUUGUUUCAUAUAGUAACAACAGAUCUCUAUUAUUGUUUUAAUCUUUAAAUUAAAUAAUAAAAGUUAAAAAAAUAAGAAAUACAGAUAAACUAACAGUGCUUCACCUCGGUCUGUUGUAUCAUAUAGUCAAAACACUGAUAGGCUCUGGGAACCCCAUUAAUUUAGGUCUACUCUAUAUUAAAACUUAAUUGUUUAGCUAGGUGUCAUUGAGUCAGGCUUAUUUCUUGGGGUGCUGCUUAGUAUUUCAGUUUAUUUCCAACAAUAAUCCAUAACUCUUCCUAAGACAAUCAUGCAAAUUUUUCUUUUAUCCUCUCCUUCUAUCUUAACCUUUGUCCACUCUUUCUUCCAUUUCUCCAUCUUGACAAAGAAAGUUUGUAUGUUUUAUUCUAUGAUCAACUCACAUGUUCCAAGUUUGUGAAUUUCACCUUAUUAAUUGUUGCCUCAAAAGACAGUGGGCCUUUAUUUGGCUGAGGAUUGAACAACCAUUUUUGCCUGGUAUUCUUACUGUCUUUAGAUCCAACUUCUGAAUUUUAUUCUCUCAUUCUUUCUCAGUAUCAAUAUACAAUGUACAUUACUGUAUACUGUGCAUUAUUGGAAAGAUCAUUGCUUUAACUAUUCUGAUCAUUGUUGUCAUCAAAUAUUCUCUUGUAAAAUAUCCUUCAGUGAGGGUAUUUGCACUUGCAUCUAACAAUAAUACAAACAUAUUCUAGCAACUUCUUUAUACUAUUUGUUCCCAUAAUGUCUUCAUCUUGUUCCAAGCCCACUGAUGAGACAAGCUUACGGUAAGUUGUUCUAAUCCGUUAUCAAAGCAAUGCUUUCUCUCUUAUAGGGAGAGGAAUCCCUUAGUUAUCCCAAAGUGUGUAAAAUUUUAGAUGCUUCUUGAACUAUUCUGUCAGCAGCACAGUCAGGUGACUUCUAGAGAGUAGGAUCAGCUUCAAGUUACUGCAGUUACACAUUUCCCUUCAGUACCUACUGUCACCAUUCUCUUUUCUUAGCCUUUGGCAGAAAGCACUGGGCAUAGUUGUUCCAGACCCAGAAAUUUCAUCAAGAACUUAACAAAUUGUGAAGGUUGUCCAGAUCCAGGAAUGAGAUCGGCGAUGGGACAAUACAUUUUAUGCCAAUUUUGAUUUCUGCUGACUCAAACAUAGUUAGCCACUUGAAUUAGGCCUUGGGGAAGGGCCAUCCUUGCCACAGCAUUUAUUUCCUAAGAUGAAUGUCUUCUUUACUCAUUAUUUUUACUUUACUUUGUGAGCCAAAAGCUGACUUACCAUCUACCAUCUUCAUGGCCAACUGUAAGCUCAUGAUAUUAGCUUGUGAUCAUGAGGUGAUGUUAUUAUAAGGUGACUAGAAAUCCUUCCAUGGCUAAUGAUCAAGAUGCUUUGAUAACAAACAUUUGCAAGUAACCAAAACUUUCUCAGCUUAGGCAUGGAGAAACCUUUACUGAACUGAUUCAUAUAAUAAGAGUUUCUAAUACUGCAUUAUUGAGCAAUAGUACUAUUCUUUGUGCUUUUUGUAUUUUUUGUAAUAUAGAACUAUCAGGAAAAGAACUGGAAUGUUCAUGCCUUAGCAUCUGAAUUUAAAUUUCUUGAAAUGUUUCUACUAAACAGCCACCUUGCCUUAUUCUCAGAA